UAAUAAUACGUUUAGCGGUAAGGGGGAUGCCCGGAAGUCUCUGGAAUUUCUGGGUUUUUCUUCCUGCCCAAGUUGUGUUAUAAUUAAACCCUAGGCCCAGGAAAAAAGAAAAAAGAAAAAAUAAAAAUCCCCCGAGAAGACGAAACAAGAACGUCUUUUUCAUUAUUUAACUUCGAAAAGAAAGAAAGAAGGGGAAAAAACCCUAAUUUAGAAGAAAAUACAGAUACAAAAAGAUAAUUGCUUGCUUGUGCAGAAUUGUGAAUAUUUGUGAUGGAAACUCCUCUAGUAUUAGGUUGCUUUACUGUUGCAACUGCUGCCUUGGGAGGUAGAUAUGCGAUAGGUGCAUGGAAAGCACUCAGAGCAAUUCCUCGCACUCGAAGAUUUUAUCCUGGUGGAUUUGAGAAGGCCAUGACAAGACGAGAAGCAGCAUUAAUUCUUGGAGUCAGAGAACAUGCUGUGAUGGAGAAGAUUAAGGAGGCUCAUAGGAGGGUGAUGGUGGCCAACCACCCUGAUGGUGGUGGGAGCCACUAUCUUGCUUCUAAGAUCAAUGAAGCCAAGGAUGUUUUGGCGGGGAAAGCCAAGCGGCCAGACUCUGUGUUCUAAAUGAUUGAAUCAACGAGAGAGUUAACACAAUUGUGAAGUUUGUUUGUAUGUUGUUCUUAUAUUGUCAUUGCUUGGUAUACACAAUUGAAUUAAAAGUUGGGGCUGUCUUUGAAAUAUUUUAAUAUAGGGGGUGAUGGUGUCACUUUGAUGGGGGAGGUCAUGAUUCACAAGUAAUUUAUUGAGAGAAGAGAUUUGUGGAAUAGUUACUUUUUGGGUGAGAAUUCUAACAGUCAGUAGUUGUAGUCAUUAUUUCUCUACUUUAUUAGUGUUGAAUGUGUCGUACUUGGUAGACAUGCUUUUGCUUUCUGUAACAACAUUUCAAGUUUUUACCGUUCAAAUUGAACAGAGGAUUGGUCUGA